GGGUAUUUGACAGGACCGAGGGCGGACGCAAAGGACGCGGAGGACCUCUGGGUGCCUGCAGGGGAGCUGCUCCAGCAGGGCCGCCGGGAGCUGUGGGGAGAGCAUCGCGGAGCCGCCCCUCCACGCGCCUGCCGGGCCGCGAUCGCCCUCGGGGCUCUCCUGGUAGCAGUGCCAGGGCGCAGGGCGCGGCUGAUCUCCCGCCCCCGCCACCUCCGCCACCAUGCUGCUCCCCCAGCUCUGCUGGCUGCUGCUGCUCGCGGUGCUGCUCCAGCCGGUGCCCGCGCAGAAGUUCUCGGCGCUCACGUUUUUGAGAGUCGAUCAAGAUAAAGACAAGGAUUGUAGCUUGGACUGUGCGGGUUCGCCUCAGAAACCUCUCUGCGCAUCUGACGGAAGGACCUUCCUUUCCCGUUGUGAAUUUCAACGUGCCAAGUGCAAAGACCCCCAGCUAGAGAUUGCGUAUCGAGGAAACUGCAAAGACGUGUCCAGGUGUGUGGCCGAAAGGAAGUAUACCCAGGAGCAAGCCCGGAAGGAGUUUCAGCAAGUGUUCAUUCCUGAGUGCAAUGACGACGGCACCUACAGUCAGGUCCAGUGUCACAGCUACACGGGAUACUGCUGGUGCGUCACGCCCAACGGGAGGCCCAUCAGCGGCACCGCCGUGGCCCACAAGACGCCCCGGUGCCCGGGUUCCAUAAAUGAAAAGUUACCGCAACGCGAAGGCACAGGAAAAACAGAUGAUGCCGCGGCUCCGGCGUUGGAGACUCAGCCUCAAGGAGAUGAAGAAGAUAUUGCAUCACGUUACCCUACCCUUUGGACUGAACAGGUUAAAAGUCGGCAGAACAAAACCAAUAAGAAUUCAGUGUCAUCCUGUGACCAAGAGCACCAGUCUGCCCUGGAGGAAGCCAAGCAGCCCAAGAAUGACAACGUGGUGAUCCCUGAGUGUGCGCACGGCGGCCUCUACAAGCCAGUGCAGUGCCACCCCUCCACGGGGUACUGCUGGUGCGUCCUGGUGGAUACCGGGCGCCCCAUUCCCGGCACAUCCACAAGGUAUGAGCAGCCGAAAUGUGACAACACGGCCAGGGCCCACCCAGCCAAAGCCCGGGACCUGUACAAGGGCCGCCAGCUACAAGGUUGCCCGGGUGCCAAAAAGCAUGAGUUUCUGACCAGUAUUCUGGACGCGCUGUCCACGGACAUGGUCCACGCGGUCUCCGACCCCUCCUCCUCGUCAGGCAGGCUCUCGGAACCCGACCCCAGCCACACCCUAGAGGAGCGAGUGGUGCACUGGUACUUCAAACUACUCGAUAAAAACUCCAGUGGAGACAUCGGCAAAAAGGAAAUCAAACCCUUCAAGAGGUUCCUUCGCAAAAAAUCAAAGCCCAAAAAAUGCGUGAAGAAGUUUGUUGAAUACUGUGAUGUGAAUAAUGACAAAUCCAUCUCGGUACAAGAACUGAUGGGCUGCCUGGGUGUGGCUAAAGAGGACGGCAAAGCAGACACCAAGAAGCGCCACACCCCCAGAGGUAAUGCUGAAAGUACGUCUAAUAGACAGCCAAGGAAACAAGGAUAAAUGGCUCACACAGCGAAGGCAGUUCCUAGACACGUGGGAAAUUCCCUCACCAACGAGCAAUUAAGAAAACAAAAACAGAAACACAUAGUAUUUGCACUUUGUACUUUAAAUGUAAAUUCACUUUGUAGAAAUGAGAUAUUUAAACAGACUGUUUUAAUCUGUGAAAAUGGAGAAGAGCUGGCUUCAGAAAAUUAAUCACAUACAAUGUAUGUGUCCUCCUUUGACCUUGGAAAUCUGUAUGUGGUGGAGAUGUAUUUGAAUGCAUUUAGGCUUAAUUUCUUUGCCUUCCACAUGUUAACAGUAGAGCUCUAGGCACUCUGGUUGCAAUCCUAUGGCUUUCCCUAACCCCUGCAGUCACUUCCAGACGGCUGUGCUUACAGCGUUGUGGAAUCAUGUUGGAAGCUCCACAUUUCCGUGGAAGGUUGUGAUGUACGGUUGACCCUUCAGGCAGUUAACAUGCAGGGGGUGGUUUGUUUCUUGGGGUUUUCUGUUAGUUUGUCUUGUUUUGCUUUCCAGAGAUCUUGCUCGUACAAUGAAUCACGCAACCACUAAA